GCAAACGUAAGGUGAAGUGUGUCGAAAAGUAAACGCGAACCAUACAAUUUUACUUAAACAAAUUUUCUAAUGGCAAUUAUUUAAUUUAUUAAAUCGAAUCUAAAUGUUAAGUUAAUUUAAUUUAAAGAAAAAAUUACAAAAAUAACAAAGUACAAAAUCGUAGAAAAAUAAGAAAAAAUCACGGCAAAGAAGCACAGAACAACAAAAAGUGUAGUGUGAGAAAACUAAAUUAAAAAAUAAGAUGUCAACAGGAAGGCCCAUCAAGUGUGUUGUCGUUGGCGAUGGCACUGUUGGCAAGACAUGCAUGUUAAUUUCAUACACAACAGACAGCUUUCCUGGUGAAUAUGUACCUACAGUUUUUGACAAUUAUUCAGCGCCAAUGCAAGUAGACACGAUACAAGUAUCACUGGGACUGUGGGAUACAGCGGGUCAAGAGGAUUAUGAUCGUCUACGUCCGCUUUCCUAUCCACAGACAGAUGUAUUUCUCAUAUGUUUUAGUGUGGCAAGUCCAUCGUCUUUUGAAAAUGUCACAUCAAAAUGGUACACAGAAAUCAAACAUCACUGCCCUGAUGCGCCCAUUAUAUUAGUUGGUACGAAAAUCGAUUUACGCGAUGAUCGUGAAACUUUAAGUAGUUUAGCGGAGCAAGGUUUAGCACCGUUAAAACGUGAACAAGGCCAAAAGUUGGCAAAUAAAAUUAGAGCUGUUAAAUAUAUGGAAUGUUCGGCGCUAACACAACGAGGACUUAAGCAAGUUUUUGAAGAAGCGGUUAGAGCUGUGCUUAGGCCAGAACCACAAAAGCGACGUCAACGAAAGUGUUUAGUAAUGUAAAUAAAAACAAACUAAGCAAUUUAACAAACUCAAUGAAAUCCAAAAACAAACAAAAAAAAAAUAUACAAACGAAUACUAAAUAUUUAGUAAAAGAUAUAAGGACAAAGAACAAGUGCAGCUCGAAUAUACAUAAUAAGCAAAACAGAAGAAAAUCAUUUAAACAAAUAGAAAUUUUUUGUAUUUUUAAAAUUAAGAAAUAAUUAAAAA